AUGAAUGUUUUUAGGCUUGUGGGGGAUAUGUCCCAUUUAUUAGCAAUUUUAAUAUUGCUACUUAAAAUGUGGAAAACAAGAUCUGUCGCAGGUAUAUCCGGGAAAAGCCAGAUUUUAUUUGCAAUGGUCUUUGUAACUCGGUACCUCGAUCUAUUUACAUCAUUCAUCUCUGUAUAUAACACAUCCAUGAAGCUGUUUUUCGUCGUGUCCUCCUUCCUGACAGUGUAUCUGAUGUACUUCAAGUUCAAGGCCACAUAUGACAGUAACCAUGACACUUUCCGCGUCUUGUUUUUAAUUGCACCUGUUGGAGGCCUGGCUUUCCUUGUCAACCAUGAAUUCUCACCAAUGGAGAUACUUUGGACAUUUUCCAUCUACCUUGAGUCGGUGGCCAUCUUGCCUCAGCUGUUUAUGGUCAGUAAGACAGGAGAAGCCGAGACAAUAACCAGUCAUUAUUUGUUUGCCUUGGGCUCCUACAGGGGUCUUUACCUGUUUAACUGGCUCUACCGGUACUACUUCGAUGGAUUCUUCGACUUGAUUGCCGUUGUAGCGGGAGUCGUGCAGACCAUUCUUUACUGUGAUUUCUUCUAUUUGUAUAUCACAAAGGGCAAAGGAUCACUACUGUUUACAAAUAACGAGAUUGUUUUCAAGGAUGCCCCAUUGCUGGAAGUUUAAAAAGUAAUGCGAGGCAAGAAGAUAUCUCUACCAGCAUAAACAUUAGAGGACAAUGCCAGGAAAACAGUCGUGAAAGCUAUAAGGGAUAUGGAUUAUGUUAUGUACUGCUCAGUGAUUUGGCUACACCAUAUUAUGCAGAUAAACAAAAUCUUGUGACACUUUUAGUGGGCAGGUAUUUGCCAUCAAAGUAAAAACAAAACAUAAACAUAAUGGUGUUUGUAUGUAUAUAGAACAUGACAUAUAUCAAGGUAUUUUCUUGGACCAGGUUAUUUAUUGAAUACUUGAAAUGGUACAAAAGAAUUUUCUAAAAGCUGGUAUGAAUUUUCCUAUUUGUAACCAAAAGCAAUUUUGUGGUCAUUUUGUCAUAUUGAACAUAAGGUGGCCAUUGUGCAGUGAGGGUGGUGAGAAAGCUGUUCUGGUGUGCUUGGUGCUGCUGUUGUUGAUUUGGUGAGACAAUAGAAAACUCAUUUGCAUUGUUCUCAUUAGUAAUGCUUAAUAGACCACUUGUAACAUGAUUUAAACAAGCUAUAUUUGGCCUUCUGUUUUUAUGUUUUUACAAACAACAUUCAUUUGUUCUGCGAUGUUAAAAUUUCAGUAUUUGAAAACCCAUUCAUUAAAAAAAAAUACUCCCUUAAGUUCAGAAUAUAAUUUAUUAUUUUAUUCUUAAUCAGCCUUUAAUUAAGAUCAAAUGCCAAAAUUGUAACUUUGAUUUCAAAAUGGAAAAAGACUACAGUCGCAUUUGUAAAUUAGAAAAAUGUGAUAGCUACCGUGGUAAGGCCAUUUGUUUCUUUGACAUUACAUUUAAAUAGAUGUUUUAAUAUUUUUGACAUUUAGUUGAUGUUUUUAAAUCUCUAGUCAAUCUGCAGUUACCUUUUGCUUGCCGAGGUAGUACAAAAUGUAUGCUUUCAGAUGAAAAAUAACGGAGAACUUAAAUGAUUAUUUAACAAAAAGGAAUAUUGCUCUAAAAUUUAAGAAACUGAUUUAAUAUAUGCAGCGUUCAAUAUGGAAGGCCGAAUUUGAUAAAACCUUUGUACAUAGAUGUGAAAUUAAUGUAUUGUUUAUGUUUCAAAGGAUGAGAUUGUGUACAUUGUAUGCAUGUAGGAUAUAUAUAUAUGUAUGAAUGAUGAUAGCAAACAAGUACUUACUCAUAAUACUGCUGUUUCCUAAAUAUAGGACAGAAAAAGGAAGCCAAAUGUUAAAAUAUAUUGAUCCAGGCCAACGCUGAUCAUUAUCAAAAUUUUCUUCAAAUAAAUUAUAUUUCCUAUUGAUAACACGAUCUAUUAUAGUACUCACAGCAGCUGUCUCUGGUAAGGAUUAUAAGUGGCUAUUUAUAGCCUGUAUGUUUGUGACAUUUAGAUAAAAUGGUUGAAGAGUGGGUGAUAGAUGAGAGGAUGGCCUGAAAGGGCGAUGUCCAUGUAAAUUAUAUUCUGUUUUAUCCAGUAUUUUGAUUUAAAAUCGUAUUUUUUUUUCGCAAAUGCAAUUGAGUUUUAUUGUUAAUGGCAUUUUUCAUCCUUCUUGUGAACUUUUUUAACUAGGGUCAUUCUUAAAACUGUAGUCUUCUCUGUUGGCAUACUUAAGUUGCUGGUUAAAUUGGAAAAGAUCUAUAUAUUUUUAUAGUCAUUGAGUGUAUUGAAUUUACCUACAUAUCUCGGUGAUUUUCAAACUUGUAAAGUUAACCUAUCAACCUACAAAUCAGAAUUUCUGCCAGUUUUGAUCAAAGACCUUUAAUCUCCUUCAUUUAUUUCUGCGCCAACUUUUAAAAUUGAUAGAAAUCCCUAGUAGUCCCAUUGAAAUAAUGAACGAGGAUAAACUUGGGACCAUAAAAAUCAUCUUUUUACUAUAUGGGCCAAAAAUUGAUUACACAUGCUACUGUUAUGAAAUUCAUCUAGUUCUUAAUUUUAGUUCUGGAAAAGUGGUUGUGCUGGUUUGUGAAUUUAAAAUAUUGAAUAUGAAAUCUAUCUUUACCAAUGAAAACCAGGUACAUCCUAUGAUGAUAGUGGAUAUGAUGUGUAAAUGGUGAUAGGUUUUCAGUCUUUAGUGGUGAGUGUGGAACUUCAGUAUAACCUCUUGCAUGCUCUGUUGUAUUAUGCUUUUAUAACCCUGCAUUGUCAUCGGUAUGAUUAUCAGCACAUUUCAUUUAUUCCUUGUUGUUUUUGAUUGCCUACUCAUUUGUAUGGUACGAGUAACAAGUUGUAGUUGUAUCAGACAACGGAUGGUUCUGCUAUGUGAAAGCAUACGAAAAGUACACAUGGGUUCUGUACAGUAAAUAAAUAACAUUUUGCAGAUAAA